UUAUUCUCUUGCGCGCCCUCGUCUCGUUUCAGGCGAUGCCCCUCCUGUCUUGUACCGCCGUCUGACGUCUCGCACCGCCGGAAUUAACAAGGGCGGCUCGCGCAAGUCAGCGGCGCGGCCGGCAGCUGAGCUUCUAUACUAAACAUGACCGUUGAUUUGAUCUGGUUCUCUUGGGCGCGCUCGUCCCGUUGGAGGAGCACCGAUUCUGUCUUGUCUGCUACCUCAAUUUGGGCGCACAGAUGGCGCCAUCCGAUUACCUCUUGCACAUGUCAUCGGCGCGGCCGGCAGCAGAGCUUCUUAACAAUGGCCCGCGCGGCGGCGACCCCCAUCCGCUAUGCAUUGUCCUCGUCUCCGAGCACUGUUUCGACGGCGCUGCACCAUGGCCAUGGCGCGCUCCGCCUCGGCGAUGCCCCCCGCUGUCAAGGCCAUUGACCCUGCCAUGAUUGUUUCUCACAAGUUCCCCGAGGUCACGUUCGGGUACGACGAGAGGGAUGUGGCCCUGUACUCACUAGGUGUGGGAGCUUGUAGUGCAGAUGCAGAGGAUGAGAAGGAGCUUCAGCUGGUGUACCAAAGGAAUGGCCAGUCUUCCAUUAAGGUUUUACCUACUUUUGUUUCUUCAUUUAUUUUCAAAAGUGGCAAUGGACUCCGCUUGGAUGUGCCUGGGCUCAAUUAUGACCCAAAAUUUUUACUGCAUGGCCAACAUUACAUAGAGAUAUAUGGGCCAAUUCCUUCACGAGCCAGUGUUGCUAACAAAAUUAAAAUAGCUGGCUUGCAUGACCGAGGGAUGGCAGCUGUUCUUGAACUUGAAAUACUAACCUGCCUUGAAGUUUCUGAUGACGUAUUGUGUAUGAAUAGGAGUACUAUCUACUUGCGUGGAGCUGGAGGCUUCUCCAACUCUUCCCGGCCGUUCUCAUACGCAACUUACGCUGCCAAUGAAGUUUCAAAUGUUACAUUUCCAGAUUCCACGCCUUCUGCGGUAUAUGAAGACUGCACACAGAAUUUCCAGGCAUGA